CUUUCGCAGAGGCUUUCAAGGGCUUCACAUUCAGGAACAGACGACUUGCCAACGACUCCGAGUCCCAGAGACCUCAGGCCACAUAAACCCGUCCAGCAUCCCGCCUCCCAGCCCCAAGCCUGGUGGCCCCAAGCAACGCUUUCUCAACACCCAACAGCGUGUCCGUAUCCCCCCUUACCGCGACACAAAAUGGAACCUCCAACUUCCCGCCUGCGUCCACCAACAACAUCAGCCAACCCCUUCGGCGCAGGAGUACGCAGACCCAUCCCUUCCCACUCCGGUCCCAACGUCCAAGACGACGACGAGGAAGGCGAUGAAGUCGCUCAACUCGUAGCCCUGUCCAAAAGGACCCUGGAGGUGCAGGAGGAGAGCGCGGCGUCGACCGCAAGGGCAUUGCAGACCGCGUUGCAGGCCCAGAGUGUUGGGGAUGAAAGUUUGGUGUUGGUCCAUGCUCAGGGUGAACAAUUACAGUCCAUCCUCAAUAAAACAGACGAAACAUCCCACGGCAUCAAAGUCGCAAAAGCCCGCACGAACUUCCUCGACAAACUCUCCGACUCCUUCCUCAAACCCGUCUUUGGAUCCGAGAAGCAAAUCAAACCUUUCACGCCAUCCAGCAACACAUCUUCAAAUACCCCACCAUUAGGCCCGACAGGCCAGCCCUUGUGGGGAAAACGAGGCAGCAGCCUCGCCCCAGACUCAUAUCUUUCCCCCAACUCAAACGCCAUCUCUGCCAGCGCUGAACCAAACAUCAACCGCAACAGCAGUGUAAUCAUUCCCAACGCCCUGGGUGACUGGGCAUCGACAGAAGACCGCGCCCAAUCCAAUGUAUACGAACAGCAGAUCGACGAUAAUUUGAGCCAGAUUGGAAACGUCGUACGCGGGCUGAAGGAGCGGGCGCUGGCAGUGGGAGAGGAGGUGGGGCGGCAUGGGGAGAUAAUAAGGAAGACCGAGGACAGUGUUAGCGCGCAGACGGAAACGCUUAGAGGGGUUAAUCGGAAGCUGGGGAAGAUUUUGAAUAAAUGAGCGUUGAUGUGGAACGAGCGAAAGGAGGGGCAUUCGUGGUGUAGAUAGUGUACAUAUAUAGCGUAGCAUACCAUCUGGCAUUUUCAAUUAUUAGUGCUUUCGUAAGAAUAUGGACCCAGGAGCGAGUUGCCAGG